CGUAAACAAACCUUUAACAUGGGAGCUGUACAACAUGAUUGAUGUUCUUUAUUUCAACCUAUCAGUUUCUUUUGGCACGUAUUUAUAUUUAUAAUUAUCAGAAACUACCUUCGUAAACGUUUCAAACGAAGGACAAUGCAUCAUGCGAAGUAAUCAAUGAAAACAAGGCCUACACACGUGCUCAAAUACACGUCACUCGUACGUCGCCGUGUAAACAUGUACAGCUGAUGUAAGCGUUUUGUACGGAUAUUUGAGGAAUGAUCAUAAGAAUACGGCAUAUUGAUAAGGGCAGUCGGACUAUGAUCUGUAUAAAUAUACUGCCUUGUGCUGAACUUCAAAAUGAACGAGACGGUUAACAUUGUGACGGUUGUAAUAUGUAUGCGGGUCGCGUGUGCUGGUUUAUUCCUGUAUUCAUUUGUGACCAUCCACCUCACUUUAUCGGCGCUUCUUACUUUGCUUCUGUUUCUAGCUUCCAUCUAUAUCCCGAGGGUUGUCAAGGCUGUGAUAGAAUCAAGGAAGCAGCAGAAAGAAUUCACGACAAAACAGAUCCUUGCCGAACUCUACCCACUAGUUAAACCGGAAGUUCUCGAACAAGAUGUGGCCAAUUCCGUUGCUGCGUUUGUAACGUAUGACGCUGAAAUAGUUAAAAGCCUUGACAACUUUAACGUCAUCAAACAAAACACGGAAUGUAUAUUCGCAAAGAAGUCAAGGUUAUGGGGAUCAAAGGAAUGGUCAGGCGAACUGAGUCUAGAAGAAAACAUCCACAGGUUGUCGCCAAUGAUUCUGAAGUUUUCCAUGAUGUGUCGACAGCACCGGUUAGACGGGUUUGUGAUAGAGGUACCACGUGAUCCUUACGCCAAAGAUAUAGAGUGUUUUGCUGACACUUUGCGUCGAGUUCUACAAGUUCUUUCUGAUCUUGAUCCGAAAGGCUCUAAAUGUAUGGAUGCAAUGGAGACUAGAGGUCAAAGAGGAUGGGUGUUUCAGUUUAAUGAUAUCACCUAUUUUAUAACGACGUUCGCCCCGUUUUAUCCAGACGCGAAUGCGCGUUUCGCAUUCGGAGGUAAUAAUGGAUUCAUUUUGCUCCAACCAGAACUUAGCUUUGCACUGCAUAACCUACCGCCUGAUACCCCGUUUACGAACUGGGACAGGCCAAAGACAGUCCGGGAUAGGAUACGAGUUGCGUUUCGAGACGCCGGAAGGGAGUAUGAGAUUCCUUCCUCUCUCUUUAGGCCUCUAGCCUGGGAUAUGGUUCGUCCGUUACAGAAUGGGGGACCUGUUGUGAGAUGGUGGCAAAACACAAAAGAGGAUUGAUGUUGUCAUUAGACAUCUUGCAUGGGAUGUUGUUCGCCAAUAACACAAAGAGGGAUCAGUUGUCAUAUGGCGGCAGAAAAUAAAAGAGGUUUGAUAUAAUCUUAAAUCCUCUUGCUUGGACUAUUGCUCGCCCAUUACACGUCGAGGAACAAGUUAUAAGACGGCAAAAGAAAAUAAAUAAGGAUGGAUGGGAACUUUUGACCUCUUGCCUUGAUUAUCGCCCGCCCAUUACACAAUGUGGAACAAGUUGAUUGAUGGUGACAGAAAAUUAAUGAGGAUUGAUUUAAGUGAAAAUGUAUUUAUUUAUAGUCAAAUCUGUUUCUAAGGAAAACGACUCCAUUUCUCUGGAUUGUGCGCAUGUGAAGAUAUAAUAUUUCGUAUAUCUUCACUGCAUUAUGAUAUGGGUGUUUUUAUCAAAUGGCGAAUUCAUGAUAUUUCACUAAUAAACUGUAAUAGAUACAGAUGACAUUUUAUUUUAUUGAAGAUAGUAUGCGGCCUUAGUUUCCCAGAAGGCUUCCCAGAAGGCUUCCACGGAUAGGACUGAGGUCACAAUCAAAUGCUUCCGGGUUUAGUUCCCGGAUUCUGUACCCACGAAUGAAUUCCCUAAGGAAUAUAGGUAUUCUAGUAAAAAUAUACUA